AAUAGGCUAUAUGCACACGGAGGUGAUGACGUACUUCCGCUAAAAUCUCAGCCUGCUAAGCCAUUUCCGCUCGCGCUGAGGCGAUUGUUUACAAAGCGAUAUAACAGCAACUACAAUAUGACUAGUAAGAAAACGUUCAAAUUUCAGCGAACCAUCUAUAGUACAGCCGAGCAUUGUUGUGUGCCUCUGUGUCAAGCUUCGAGCAAGUACAACAGUUUACUUAGUUUUCAUACAUUUCCAUCUGACGCGGAAAUCAGGCGAAAAUGGCUUGUAGCUAUCCGGAGGGACAAAUUCACAGUUACUCCCCAUACCCGAGUAUGUAGCCGACAUUUUAACAAGGAUGAUGUUCGUGAGCCCUUAUCAGAGACGGGGAGGCGGCUAUUAAACAAGGGAGCUGUCCCAGCACUGUUUGAGUGGAACAAUUUCACCCUUCCCACUUCACGACCGGGGGUGUGGGAGAGGAGAGAGCGUCCGCCUCCGAUGACGGAGGAUGACGGCGACGCAGGCGAGAAAGCUGAUAUCCCUAUGGACCACGACUACGCUUCGGCUUCAGAUCCUGCAGUUGUUGAUUUAGCCCUUGAUGACAACAUGUCUCUCAGAGAUGAGAUUCUCAAGCUGAGGGAACACGUCGAGAAGCUGACAAUGAAUCAGCGCUUUGGAAUUCAUCGUUUUGCUGCCUCAGACAAGGACAUACGUUUUUUCACAAGAUUUGCAUCCUAUGACCUGCUGAUGAGAUUCUGGGCCUUAAUAGAGCCAUCACUGCCAAAUAUGGUCAGUGUGACACAAGCACAGAGAGGCACCUUUACAGAGCCAAGUUCCACUGUAACUCGUUUCCUGCAGCCCAUUGAUGAGAUGUUCAUGUUUCUCAAUUACCUGGCACUGGGUUCAAAACAGCGUGAUCUUGCUGACCGGUAUGGAGUCCACCAGUCCACAGUCAGUCGGAUCAUUACAACAUGGAGCAACUUUCUGUACACUGUGCUAGGGUCUGUGAGGAUCUGGAUACCAGAGGAGAAAAUAAGGGCACAUCUGCCAGCUGAGUUUAAGGACUAUGCAGACACUACAGUCAUCCUGGACUGCACAGAGCUAAGGUGCCAGUGCCCUUCAUCACCUCUUCUCCAAAGUGAAAUGUUCUCAGCAUACAAGUCCCACUGUACUCUCAAAGGGCUGCUUGGAGUGGCUCCUCAUGGGGCGGUCACAUUUAUUUCUCAACUGUACGCUGGUUCCAUCAGUGACAAACAGAUCACGCGUGAGUCUGGAAUUCUCUCCCUUUUGAGACCUGGAAUGGCCAUCAUGGUCGACCGAGGUUUUCUGGUUGAUGACCUUGUACCUUGCAAGAUUUAUAGGCCAGCAUUUCUCUCUGGAAGAUCCCAGAUGUCUGCCUGUGAGGUCAGGGAGACCCAAGCAAUUGCACGCCUCAGGGUGCAUGUUGAGCGCCUCAUACGGCGUGUUAAGGAACACAAGUUCUUUGACACAGAGAUUCCACUUCGGCUUUUUGGCAACAUUAAUCAGCUGUAUACUGUUGCAUGUCUUCUGACGAACUAUGAAAACGGGCCUCUUGUAAAGGCUUGGGCAAAGAAGCCAGAGUAGCAGCAGUAGAAAAAAAUAAAAAUUAAUAACCUAUGACCAUUUGUAUAACUACUUUCUUUAAAUGUACCUUUGUAAAUUACUUUGUAUAAAUUGAAUUUUAUAAUUAAUGUUAUGUAUGCACUGCUGUACAUUGCACAUACUCUUUGAAUAAAGAACUACUGAAUUA